AGCAACAUAACCACACACGAAGGAUUCUCCUCCUCCCCAUCUUCUUCCUCACCGACGCCACUGAUGGUGAGGGGGCCACCCGGCAAAGCGCGAGGGCAGCGGCCAAUCUCUCGCGCUGGCGCCCGCCCUACUUACACACCCAUCGCGCUGCUCGUGCCGGCGCGGCCCGCAUGGCCCGUACUGCUGGAGAGGCUCGCGGCAACAGGAGUUGAGGGCGAACAACUCACGCUCGAUCCGCUGCUCAUGCUCGUCAAUGAAGACCUCCCUGGAGACUCCGCAUUGCUCCGACUGCUCGUGCUGCUGCGACGGCCAAAGGUCAGCAACAACUGAUGGCGCAUGUCCCAUGGAACGUGGCGCCCCGCUUGAGGGUGCCCCCCGUGUCAGGCUGCUGUACCCUUAUCGUCUCGGCCAACCUGAUGCGAAGCAGCGCAUCAUCAAGAUACUUGUUGACUUGGGCUUGGUCCAUGGCUUCGUAAGCACCUAAUCAACCGCAGCCGCAUCAAUUGUUGGACCCAGCGCCGGUGACAGGAAUCCACACCGGCUUGCCCAGGACCACGGACUUCUCCAAUGUCGCCCAGAGCUCCAGCGAAUCAUCCGUGCAACUGGUGCAACCAAACGUACCUGCUUCAGCAGCGACCUUGCCGACAGGACACCGUGUGCACUCGCUGUUGCCGGACGAAGAUUUGAACGUGCCCAGCUGGCGCAGCUUGCAGACAGUCCGGCCAGGAGACUCUUGGGAGAAUCGGGCCGGGCACGAGGAGCACGCUCUCUGCCGGGAGACGCCCGCGAAGACGCUCUCGGCUCGUGGCUCGCACCAGUCGCACUCGGCGGCGGCGGUGAGGCUCCCUGGGCCAGCCUCGUUCACUAAACCUUGGCCUGGGUUGCAACCGAGCUGCUGCCCUGGCAGCCACUAAGUGCCACAGCGCCUGGCUCUCGCGCACCCACUACGCACGCCAGGUCCAAGAUCUCCUCCCCGUCGUCGCUCCUCUUCAGCAUUGCAGUCAUGCUGCUCUCGGGCACCCUGGAGCUUCCUGGCGAGGAGCGCGGCGUCGCCCGCGAUGUCGCUGAAACCCCUGGCCAUGAGCUUCUAGAACGGGAUGGACUGUCACUGGGAGAAGUCGAGCCCCUGGAACUCGUACUGCUGUUCUAUUGCACGGCGGGACUGCAACGACCUGCAUGCUGCUGUUCAUGGACAUCACGAUCCAACAAGCUGCGCUGAACCAAUGUUCUUCCACUCGCAGUUCCAGCCGCAGUCCCCGCGAGUGUUCGCGACCGCGAUAGGCAUGUUGAAAGAUGUAGCAUCUUGCAUGAUCUGGCUCCCCCAGAAACUGUGCGUGACGACAGGGAUGCACGUCAACGCUGCAUGGCGGCACAAAUCAGGAGCGAUCUCGGUGUUGCAGCCGAGGGCCUCCUCCGCACUAAUCUUCACAAGCGGGCGCAGGCCUGGAAAAUGACGGCCACGGCGCCCUCUCGAGAACCGAAAACGGACAAUUCACGAAUCGACGUGUCAGGGUGGGGGUUCUGUCCGACCCCGAGUGAUCACUUUAGAUAAGGCCCAGCAGGCGUUCAGCAGGCCGAGGGGCAUAUUCUGCCCCCCCGAGGCGAUGACAUCCUUGCGUUGGUUCGGGAGCUUCGGGCUCUUGCCUCCAGGACCCUGGCCGCCUGGCAGCCAGGCCACCAGGCUCGACACGCUCGCCGGAGCCACUGCGCCGAGGAGGUCGAGCACAAACCUCCUCCAGAGGAAGAACAAAACCGCACAAACAUAAACUUUCGACGCUCCGCGCGGACUUCUUAAACCUGCGCCGGGCCCCCUCCAUGGCGCGCGCGCGCCAGAGGAAGAACCUCGUCUAGAGGAAGAGCAAAACCGCGCAGACACAAACUGUCGACGCUCCGCGCGGAUUUCUUAAACCUGCGCCGGGCCCCCCUCCCUGGCGCGCGGAGCGCGACAUGGGCGGCGCCGGAGGCGCCGCCAGGGCCGCGGCAUGCUCCCAUGCACUGGCUGGAUUCAGAGACACGUGUUAAGCACGCUCGGAGGGCGCGAGGCUGCACGGCCCCAGAUCAGCUCUGUGGACACGCAGCACCCAGGGAAAAAUAUCUAUGAAAAUUAAACAGCCUCGAACGUAUCCCCAUCCCUAAGAUUAACAAGCCAAAAGUCGACGACAAUCUUAGGGAUGCGCCCUCAGAAACGGAGGGAAUCCCUAAGAUCGGCAUCGAGAUGAGGCGAUGCCAAUCGUAGGGAUAGGGAAAUGUUUCAGGCUGGUGAAAAAAUGCUUGAGACAGAAUGGCUACGGAUAUCGCAAUUGCGUGUUUGUCAGCUGGUUGCUUUCCAUUCCCGCGCUGAUCGCUCCCCCUGCAUGUGGCAGGAUCGGUCAACGUCGCAAAUUGAACCGGAUCGGCCCCGCCAGGAUGCGCAACAGCGCCAUGCAAACAUCGGCCAGCAUCGGAUCCUCGGAAGAUCGAAAAUCCGAAUGGAUCGAACUUGCCAAAUCUAAUCGAUCGGAUGGAAAUGGACCC